AUGGCCUGCUGGUCCCUAACUUCCCACCUCCUCUCCUCGCAACCUGAGUUGUACAAAGCCGCGACGCGAAGCGACUUUUUGCUGGCUGGCGCAGAAGGCCGAUUGCCAAAAGAAAUACUGGGUAAAUGGCUGGCAGCAGACAGACUCUACAUCCACUCAUAUAUCCGGGCCGCGGGACAACUUCUGUCGUCUUUAGACUUCCCCACUUACGUUGAUCCUUUCGGGAAAGAGGAUGCAGCUUGGGAGACACAGUUGGCUGACUGGCUGAUUGAAGCAUUGGUGGCCAUCCGCAGAGAGGAGAGCUUUUUCAUUGACAUUUCUAAGCGCUACGGCCUAUCUCUCGAGGUGCUUGGGCCGUCAUCAAAUGACUCAGUCCAGCAACCAACAGCCCUGGAGAGAAUGCAGAAGAUAUUUGCCGAUGUGACACCCCAUGUGUCGGCUCACGCAUGUGGUACCUCUAUGAGCACGCCCCUGCUGCCCUGGCUGGAAGGAGCUGUGACGUUUUGGGGCACUGAGAGAGUCUAUCUGGAUGCAUGGUCGUUUGCGCACGCCAAGGCUGCCGAGAGGAGCCGUGGAUCGCCGGCAGAUGGUCAUCAGGAUGCUGAUGGGGGUGCCCUGCGAAAGGAGUUUAUUCCCAACUGGACCAGUCCCGAGUUUGUUGCGUUCGUUGAGCGCCUAGGGAGCAUCGUUGAUCAGGCCGUACAGAAGGUACUUGAUGCAGCUCAAGCGGAAGUUGGAAAGGCUGAGAAGAUCAAAUCUGAGAUUCUGGCGAGGGUAGAGAGCCGGUGGCGGACACUUCUAGAAGCUGAGAGGGACUUCUGGCCUAUUAUGGCUUAA